GAGUGUUGCAUCUUACUUUACUAGUAGUCACGAGGACGAUACUUAAACCGUCAAGAUAAUCUACUGCAGAAUAGUCUGGUCUGACAGGAUUCAUAUCCUCGCAUAGAUAGAGCACCGAAAGCUCUUUCAACAAAGAAUAUUGAAUUGUUUCCUCCGAAAGGGAUAUUUAUGUCUUCAACUCAAUGCCUUUUUGUGGUCGAUAGGAWACUGCYAACCCAWUCCAUGCGACAGUGGUUCUUUCCGAUUGUUUGUCCAAUUGUAAAAAUCAAAGCGAUAKAACGUGAUGGGUACCAUGGACUCGUGCUCUAAACACUCUCCACCCAGUUGUUCGGAACUUAAUGAUGUCGUAAUAACUGCCAAUUCGGAUCCAGGCGAUAUGCCCAAAGAUGUCAGUAUCGACCGCGGAUCAGAAGGAUUGACCGCAGGGAGUGAUCCUAGCUUUUCUCCGAGACCUUGUGUGAGGGAUGCUUCAUACAGCAGCACAGAUGAAGAUGGAACGGUCGGAGGUGGGUCUUCACGGAAUGAUUCCGACUGCGAGACCGUCGCGACGGUCACAACCAGUAAUAGUAAUUACAAAUACUCUAGAAUUUCAACUGCAACAGGCUCUGUAUGCAGCCAUGGAAGUGCCUCGGUUUGCRGUUGCUCUAGCAGCAAGAUCAGAAACAAGUUAGAUAAUAUGAACGAGACCAAUGCAGGUGAAAUUGAUAGGAUGAUGAUCAAAGAACUGCAAGGCUUGAGCGUAGUUGAUCGUGGAUUGGUGCAAGAAGAAAUACACGGUGUAUCAUCAUGUGCAGUUGUGGAGAACGAACUAAAAAUAUCAGAUGGAUUGAAACGUCUUGAAGAAGAGAUACGUGCGAUCCGACGAGAGGUAUUGGUAAGCCCUACCCAAGUGUCCCGACUGGGAAACACUUACAAUGAAGCGAUAUGGUCUUACUUGGCGGUAGAGGAAGAAUGUUCUUCUCCCUCUGCGACAACGGUGAAUGCCAGAACACGAUUGUUGUAUUCAUACAUAUUUCACGAUGAGUUUCGUUUGAAAUUCCUACGGGCUGAUUUGUACGACGCUGAAAAGGCUGCGCACAGAUAUCUUCGGUGCGUGGAGUUGUUGUUGAAGUACUUUGGAAGCUACGCUCUCCAGCGCCCACUCAUGUACGAUGAUUUGGGGAAAGAAUGCCAAGAUGCCGCAAAGGCUGGAUACGUUCAAAUUUUGCCAUCCAGGGAUCGAUCGGGACGAUUGGUUGUUGUUUCUCAACCUUUUCCGGCUCAAGAUGUGACUACAAGUAUGGGAACCAUCAUAAAACUUUKUACCUACAUAUUCUCAGUUGUCAGCGAAGACGUCGAAACACAGAAGCGUGGCGUCAUCUUCAUCUUCUCUACAAACGACGAAGCUCUGCAACACCUAGAAGACCCCAAUGAUAAAUUGGAAUAUAGCUUGUAUCGAGAAGGAAGUCCUGUCAGAAGAUCUUGUACUCACUUUUGUUUGCCUGAAAACAAUCCGAAAAUGAAAUUUAUCCGUGCCGUGAUGAUGCUGGCUAUGUCCCGAGAAGAACGGCUUCGAACACGCAUUCACAUGGAAGGUAAGUCAGGUUAUCAUAAUAUGUGAAAGUACUCUCGUAACAAACAAAAGACACACGGUUGUGCGUAUCGAAAUCCCAACUUAUUUUUUCCCUCCGGAUUGUGUAACACUAUCUACAAACCCUACCGAUUUCAGGAUUGACAAUUGAAACGCAAUACAAAUUGAUGACCUUUGGAAUUCCUGUAUCAGAAYUCCCAAUCACAAGCACGGGUGGUAUUAAGACCAAGCAUCAUUUGCAAUGGACCAGAACCCGAAAGGCACUAGAUACCGCGAGGAUGAAAUCGCUUGAAGGUUGCUACAACGAAAAAAUGCUUCAACAACAAAUGGAGGAAAAACAACAGACAGGAUCAUCGGUAACAUCACCCAGAAACUGCUGUAUGUACCCAACAUAUGAAGACUAUUUACAAUACCAUGGAAAAGAACCGAUUAUCCACCCGAUGAUCAAUGAUGUUUUGUUUAGUAAGGGUGGCAAGAAUGUUACACAUUAUGGGAACAUUGAAUUCACGGAUUUGAUGAAGCGUUCCCUCAUGCAAUACGUGACAGGAACGCCACUUCAAAACCGCAAGAUGAGAAGAGCAAUCCGUCAAGCUAUUGUUGAUGAAGUUCAAAACAGGGGCGGUCGGUUCUUGACACUCGAUAGGAAGUUACGGGGUGGAUACUGUUGGACAGAAAUCCAAGAGGGGCCAGAUCUGCACGAUCGUAUCGCAACAUCACUCUACGAUCACAAACGGCGGCUUGCAGCGAAGCUUAAAAUCCAAAAAGACCGCUGCGGUACAGCCAUGUUUACGACACUGGACAAUUCAAAACGACGCAAAGUCGUUACCGACGAUGGACAAACCGACCCUGAUACCACGUGCUGUACUGGAACUAUUUGACAAGCAUGGAACGUCAGAAAACCAAAUAAUUUUGAAUGAAACCACGAGUAAUUCACCUGCUAGAAAGCAGAUGUCAUUGCGAAUGGAUGAAAAAUUUUGAACAUACAARCACGCCAGCUAUUGGACGAAGAUCCUGUUCUUCAGGAGUGCACCAUAUCUGUAUCAUGCUACAUACCUAAUUUUGAAUACUACUGGAUGAAUAACGAUAUUUGAUUUUU